AUGGAGUUGGAUCCGGCCAACCCGUACUCGUUGCGGCUUCCACGGCCCAACUACCUGCCUCACAAUGUGGAUGCCGAUGAACCUGUCGUCAAGAAGUUCAUCAAGCCGUUAUAUCGCCCGAGCGACAUGGAGAAUGCCGCCUACCUCAACAAGAUCAAGCAUUUCGCUCACGAAUACGGCAUCACGAAACCGAAAGGCAGCAAGGUCUCCUUCCACUAUAAUGCCGAGAUGGAGAAAUACCACUUCGGCGAGCACCAUCCCAUGAAGCCCUGGCGCUUGACUCUCACCAAGAGUUUGGUAUCGGCAUAUGGAAUGAAUUUCGCCAUGGACAACUACACCUCACGCGCCGCCACGUACGAAGAGCUCACGUCCUUCCACACGGAUGACUACAUCGACCACCUCGCAACAGUGGCACCUCAACCACAACCGCUCGACGUGGAGAACAACAACCCAGACCUUAGAUUCAACCUCGGAGGCAGUGACUGUCCCUUGUUCGAAGGUCUAUACAACUAUUGCUCCAUGUCGGCCGGUGCCUCUUUCGAUGCCGCAAGAAAGAUCUGUUCCAACCAGUCCGAUAUCGCCAUCGCCUGGGGAGGUGGUCUACACCAUGCUAAGAAGGCAGAAGCAUCAGGCUUUUGCUAUAUCAACGACAUUGUUAUUGCUAUCUUGCAGCUCUUACGCAUCCACGCGCGAGUCCUCUACAUCGACAUUGACGUACACCAUGGUGACGGUGUAGAAGAGGCUUUCUUCUCCACCGACCGCGUCAUGACCGUCUCUUUUCACAAAUACGAUCCACAGUAUUUCUUCCCCGGCACGGGCGCUCUAGAGGACAACGGCCCCAAGAGCGAGCACAACCCCGGAGCACACCAUGCCAUCAACGUGCCUUUGAACGACGGCAUCACCGACGAACAAUACAGCAAACUUUUCGAGAGUGUCAUCUCCAAAGUGAUCGAGAAAUUCCGACCAGGCGCGAUUGCACUACAAUGCGGGGCAGAUUCGUUAGCUGGCGAUAGGUUGGGCAGAUUCAAUCUUCUCGUAGAAGGGCACGCCUCGUGCGUCGAGUUCUGCAAGAAACUAAAUAUCCCUCUGGUGAUAUUUGGUGGAGGCGGCUAUACCCCCAGAAACGUCGCCCGCGCCUGGGCCUAUGAAACCGCAGUAGCUAUCGGCCAGCACAAGAAUAUUCCCACACAGAUUCCCAUUCACACGGUCUGGAGGGAUCGAUUUAAGAAUGAGUCCCUUUUACCAACAAUUCACCAGAUCUUGGGUGAACCUCGCCAGAACCGAAAUACCCAGAAAAGGUUGACAGAGAUCGUACAGCAUGUCACCGAGCAGCUACGCUUCGUGAACGCUGCCCCCAGCGUGCAAAUGUCCGUCAUCCCACCGGACCUGGGACCCAUCAGGGACGAGGUGGAACAACGUAUGAAAGAGGAGACUGAAGAGAGAGACGAACUGGGACGUAAGCUGCGGGAGGAGGGAAUGGGUGAUCGCAUGGAACUCUCAUGA